AUGCAUGAGGGCCUGGCUCAUCUGUGCCUACUUACAGCCACUAUGACCAUCGUAAAGGCAAAAAUUGACAUGCAGAUACCGAGGAAGCGAAAGGGAUAUGCAGGCCAGCACGAUAGGGGCAUACAACGUUUUUUUGAAGCUAUUGCUGCAGCGUUUAUAAGGCAUGUCGAUUUGAAGGUAGUGAAAUGUGUAUUAAUUGCUAGCCGUGGCUUUCUCAACGAGCAGUUUCUGGCCUAUUUAAUGAAUUAUGCGGAGAAGCAAAGCAACAAACCGAUUCUGGAAAAUCGUAGCAAAUUUCUACUCGCUCAUUCUAGCAGCGGUUUCAAACAUGCGCUAAAGGAG